AUGAAUAUUGUUUAUCAAACAUCAUCAGUGGCCUCAACAUCCAGGCCGUCUUUCACUCAUCCGUCAAGAAGCAGUACUGAAGGAAGUGAUCUUCCUGAUGAUUUGGGGUCGAGUGGCGAUUUAGAGCCUCCAAACCCGUCCAACAAUGUGCACCACCAAAGCCAAGCCUCUAUAGGUGGCAGUACCAACGCCACUUCAAACAACCAUCCUUCUAGAGAAGCAAGUCAAAAAUCUUCCAAUAAUCAUCACCAUCAUCAAAGUAAAUUUCAUAAGAACGCCAAUCAUGAAAAGAAGAAGAAAAGGGCACUCAAUUUUCUGAACAACAUUCCUACAACACACAUUCCAACAACAACAACUAACAACAACAACGUUUCUCAACGUACACCACCAACUCCCACUGCCAGUACACCAAGGAGUAGCAGUAGCGGAGAAAGCACGAGUAAAACUACCACGACCAGCACUGGUUCCUACCCACCAACACCAACCAACAACCUUCUACCAACAACAACUCGUGCUUCAUCCGCCGUCUCUACUGAUCAAAAUAUUUCUGAGCCAACCAAUCCUUCGUUAAUCACUAUUACUGUAGAACAACCAACAGAUGAACACUCAUCACUUGGUAAUCAUAACAAUGGAUCAAACAAACUCACUGUAAAUAUUCCUAAAAGUCACCCCACAGUCGUUGCCAAUCGAAUUAUUGGAGAAACUUCAAAAAUUACGAAUAAUUCUUCAUCCAAUGUCACCUCUGCUGGUUCAAGGGCAAACGGUCAUCAUUUACCACAAGAAUCUGGAAGAGAGCAUCAAAAGCAACAUCAUCACCACAGAUAUCACCAGCAACACCUCAAUCACCCUAAACACCACCAUCAUUCUAACAAAUCUAAAACUAAAGAAAAGGCUCUUGACUUUUUGAGCAACAUUCCAAUGAAGAAGGCAGAAGAGACUCCAAAGCCAGAAGUAACGUCACAAUCACAGAAUAAUGUAACAUUAUCUCCAACAAAACGUCCCUCUACUCAUCAACCAAAACAUACUCUUCCUAGACAUAUCAAGAAGAUUAACUCUUUAGAGGAAGUAUUUAACGCUUCUCAUAUUGAGGAUAAUGACAGCAAUAGUGACAAUCAAAAAGAAAUUGAAGAGCCAAAUGAUGACGAGUAUAUACGUCGUUUACAUUUCAUGGAUAAAUCGGCUCCAGUACCCUUUUUAGUUUGUUCAUUUAUCAGAUCAAAGAAAUCCCUACCCUCGAACACAAUUCAACACGUGCCGUCUGUUGGAAACGCACCAUUGCCAAGUACAAACAUUGGAACUUCUAACUCACCUUUGGAUCAUGCUAAUCUAGAACCUCCAACUCUUUCAUUGGAAGAGUUAAUUAAUAAGCAAAUGGAGCUAGAGGCAAUUACUUACAGCAAAAAACCAACGAGCUACAGGGCCUAUAUUUUAGAGCCUGCUCAAUCAAUAUAUGAUCCAUUAUUUUUAGAUGACCCAAAUAUCAGAACAGCAAGCAAAAGAAAAGUAAUGACUUUUCCUGGUUUAAUGACAUCAACAAUCCCCUUUUUAAAAUCAAAAGCUUUAAAGAAGGAUUUGAACGAACAGUUCAGACAACAACAUGAAAAUUGUUUAUUAACACUAUCCAAGAUUAGAAACCUGAAAAGAAAAAUUGUGAAGGUUGUUUUACGAGAAAGACCAGAAGAAUUAGCAAUUGCAGCCGUCGCUUUUGUGUAUCUUGAGAAAAUGAUUUUGAAGAAUCUAGUCCAUAAGGCUAACAGAAAACGAAUAGCUGCCGCUUGUUUAUUCUUAGCUUUUAAACUUAACCUUGAAAGCCCUCAUGAACAACGAAAACAAGUAACAUCUGAAUUUUUGGACGAAAUUGAGAACGUCUUUGACGUAAGUCGAAAGAAAGUUGUUCCUACUGAAUUUUUUGUUAUGGCAGAAGGUCUUCACUUUAAAAUGAUUGUUGACCCAAAGGAAAUACAGCCCCACUUGCAAAGACUAAUGAGCAACGAGGAAGAUCAAAUUAUUCAACAACCUGAUUUUUGA